GUGUUUCUUUCCGGAGUCCAAGUAAUCGUGUGCGCAUCAUUUCAUUUAGAGGGAUAAAUCAUGACGAUUAGCAAUUCUACAUAUGGGCCACGCCCGCAGUCCUUUGCAAUGGACGAUUCAGGGGAGCGAUACUACAUCGGGUCCGAAAUCGGUGCUUACCUGAGGUUACAUCGCGGUACGCUAUACAAGAAAUAUCCAGUGCUAUGGCGAAAGGUGGCUACGCAAGAGGACAAAGAAAAGCUUCGUCAAAUCGCGCUUUCACAAGCUUUCAUGCACACCAAUAUCAUGUUGGUGAAAGCGCAUGAAAUCGACGAGUUAUUGGCAGGCCAAGAGGAAAAGUAUCGAGCUGCAGGAUCAACUCCAUCGAUUCCUAGAGUGGACUCGGGACUUUCCAAAGGUAAUAAGCCAAAUGUACCGGCUGGAUGGAUGGGACAGCAGGUUAGCAGCGGUUCGCAUCACUUGGAAUCGGUGCCAUGCUCCUGUCCACUUGCUCACGCUCGAGGAAGAGUGAAGCCGCGUGAACUUGCCUAUAGUGCGGAAGAUCUGGAGCAGGCAAAAAAGGUAGCUGAAAAUGGUGAACAACCGGAGGAACUUGUGCCAAUACGUUUAGACAUGGAAUUGGAUGGUGUGAAGUUGCGAGAUACGUUCUGUUAUAACAAAAAUGAGAAGCUGAUUACGCCAGAUUUGAUUGCUGAAAUGAUGUGCGAGGAUCUGGAUUUACCUACAAGUACAUUUCAACCCGCUAUAGCUUCCGCAAUAUAUCAGCAGCUUGAAGCUGCCGCAGAAGCUCCACCAUUAGACCCUAAUGUUACCGACCAGCGGGCUAUUAUGAAGUUGAACAUCAAUGUCGGCAAUCAAAGUCUUGUGGACCAGUUCGAGUGGGACAUGUCUGACCCCAACAAUAGUCCUGAAGAUUUUGCUCGAAGCUUAUGUGCUGAAUUGGGACUUGGUGGUGAAUUUACUUCAGCCAUCGCCUAUUCCAUCCGAGGACAGCUGCAGUGGAACCAGAGGACAUAUGCGUUUUCUGAAAGUCCUCAACCGACAGUAGAAUGUACUUUCAGGAAUCCAUCAGAAGCUGAAACAUGGGGUCCAUUUUUGGAGACCCUCACUGACGCUGAGAUUGAGAAGAAAAUGCGUGAUCAGGACAGGAACACACGACGGAUGCGUCGUCUCGUUGGCGGCGGCUUCAAUUUCUAG